ACUGCUUUACUCGCUUUGUUGCUUCAUUUCACCAGUACAGCGCUCAGCCUUCUGCUGCAGCGCGCUUGAAAACGACCACUGAGUCCAGAGAGGUUCACCGCUCCCGAGUGUACAAAAACUGUCUGAUGAUGCCUGCCUCCCAGUCAGAGUCUGCAGGGAUCGGUCCCCCCAGGCUGCAUCGGCCUUUCAGAUAUUACGAUCCUGAAGUGGUGGCGAUUCUGGCAAUAUUAUUUGGGCUGUUCCAAAUGCUUCUGGGAAUUCCGACUUUCUUUUUGGGUGUCAACAUGCGUGAGCUUUAUAUGUGCCCAGUCUUUGUUGGAGCAGUGCAUGUAAUUGGAGGAUCAUUUGCAUUUGUAUGUGAAAGAUCUCCCAGCAGGCAGCUGUUGAAAAACUGCUUGUAUUCUGCUCUCGGUGGCCUGUUUGUGGGCUUGAGUGCGACUGCUGUAUACAGCUAUGCAUUCAACAACAUUUUGUCUCUCGAACCCUGUGACCAAGACCAACAUUCCACAUUCAGAAGCCAUUGUGCACGAGAUGACUUUGUUGACUUCUUCAGGGUAUUUACAGCAUUGCUCUCAAUCUACGACGUUGCAGCUCUCAUCCCUCAAUGCUUCAUUUCAUUUUCAGCCUUGAAAGGUCUGAAAACAAACUGAAAUAAACAUGUUUAUAUUGCAUAUAGGACAUAUAAUCAAAUAUUUACAAGCAACAAAUUGUAACAAUGGACUUCAUUAGUUUUCAUUUCAAAAAAAGCAUAUGAAUGUAGGCUAGUAGCUAUACUCUGUACAGAGUGGCUACAUUGUGACUUUGUUAGACACACCCACAUAUACAUAAAUCAGUAAUCUAUAAGCUGGAAAAAACAACUGAAGAUAACUUUUCUGUCCUAUCUAUAUAUAUAUACAAGCCAUUAAGAACCCUAUUACAACCUCACAGUGGAAAAGUGCUGUUUAUAUAUGCACCACCAUUCAAAAGGUUGAAAUCGCUUGUCAUAUUAGUGUUAUUCAUUUUAUUCAAUAAUAACUUCAACAGUGUAGACUGAAGUAUUAUAAACUAGACCUCAGACAGCAUUUUUUACAUUUUUUAUUCAAUAUUUUCUUCUUUUUUGAGGACAUCAAGUGGUUAUUAAUAGUAUGUGUAUCCAUUUAUAGUAAUUUCUUGUCAAAUUAUCAGCCUCAAAAUGUAUCCCCCACUUUUCAAAUACAGAAUAUAGAAGCCUUCUGGCUGUUCUAACUUCAUUCUGAAUGUUAAACAGCUAUUUUCAUUUUUUUUUAGAAUCAUCUACAGCUCUGUUGGUCAUUGUGGACACAUCUAAUAUUUCUUAAUCUUUUCAUACUAAUUAUUUGGUACCUGUGAAUUUGAAAUGCUUUUAUACAUGUAUCUACAACAGAAAUGCUUUUAUAUAAUUGAAAACAGUGAAACUUUUGAAUGGUAUAGAAUACUAUUGUAAAUGCUUGCUUAACUGUGAAUUUCACAUAUUUUGUAAAAAUUUCAGCAUAAUUAAAUCAUGUAGAUGACGUAGAUGAUGAAGUCAUUCAGAGUGGUUUGAUGUGAAAUGAACCAUUCUAGAGAAACAUACUGACUCAGAAGAGAUAUACAUGAAGGGCAUUAUAAGGGAAAACAAUACCCAAAGAAAACAUUUUUUUCUCCCAGAUUUUCCGUUAUCAACACUAAAGCCUCCGAAGACACAUGUAGGUUCACUGGUCAUUUUGGAUAGUAAAUAGUAAAAAGGCAAAAGAAAUCCAAGUCAGUAAGAUUCUCUACAAUGAGGCAGUUCACAUAAAACCACUCUGAUUGACUUUGUUUACUUCCUUUAUCUCAAAGAGUGAAUUAUAUGGCGACAUGGUGAUUAUUUUUAAUAAGGUGUGGCCACAAAUUUAUAUACUGAGGCCACGAGUUACUAUAUUGAGGCCAUGAAAUAAUAUAUUGAUGCUACAAGUUACUAUACUGCUCCGGUUCCCUCCCACAGUCCAAAGACAUGCAGUCAGGCCAACUGGACAUGCUAAAUUGCCCCUAGGUGUGAAUGUAUGUGUCUUUCUGUCUGCCCUGCGAUGGACUGGCGACCCGUCCAGGGUGUAUCCUGCCUUCCGCCCAAUGACAGCUGGGAUAGGCUCCAGCUCCCCCCGCGACCCAGAACAAUAAGCGGUUCAGAUGAUGUGUGUGUGUGAGUUACUAUACUGAGGCCAUGAAUUAAUAUAUUGUGGCCACAAAUAAAUAUAGUGAGGGCACUAGUUAAAACGUCUACUCUUAAGACAUGGAGACAAGUUUAUUUUUAUGUGAUGAAAAGAUUGAAACAAAUGUUAUGAUGUGCAUUCUAUAAACAUCCUUUUUUUUUAAGUCUCAUUCUUUUCAUUAAAUCUUGUUUAGUGAAUUGUUAGAAAUGUAUAUGCAGAAAAAGGGGAUGGGUGGACCAGUGGGAUGGGGAGGGAUAGGGAGACAAAGGGGGUUGUUUUUUUGGAUUAUUGUGAUAAAGAGAUGCUUGAUUAACAGAAAAUUAAAAAAAAUGAUCACAAAAAAUAUAAUAAGGCCACAAAUUACACUAUUUAGGCCGUGAAUAACUAAACAGAGGCUAAAAAGUAAUUUAUUGAGGCCAUUAUUUACUAUACUGAGGCCACAAAUUACUAUAUUGAGGCCACAAAAUACUAAAUAGAGGCCACAGAUUGAGACCACAAGUUAUGAGAAACUUAAUUUGUGGCCUCGCCUUAUUUAAAAAAAAAUCACUAUGUCACCUUAGGGGCUCCGUAGCAUUAUGCUGAACAUGUGAAAAAAAUUCUGUGCAGUUUCUUUUUACAAAGAGACACAAUGCGCUUUAAAAAUUAAAAAUAUAUUAAAACUCUGAUGUCUGUCUAAAUGUGCUGCGUGCAGUUUUUCUUACACAAUGAAGGAUUUGUGGCUCUAAAGUUUUAAUGGAAAAAUCACCCUGUUCAGCCGGGCGUCCUCCCUGCUGGCCUGCAGCGAAUGGAACAUUCCUGUCACUUUGGGGUUUCCCAUCGGUCCGCUCAGCCUCAGACGAUACCAUGGCGAUUAGCAGCUGUUUACAAUUUCACAUUGAUACUGUUCCAUCUUUAUACAUGUAUUAGAAAUAUAUCACGAACUAAAAAAAUCGAGAUUUUACCCGAACUGUGUCUUUUGUUUCACAAAGCAGCUCGCUAUUUUCUUUUUUGCUUCGAAAUAAGACCGUUGAACAUUUCCUCCAUUCCCCUUAGCAGAGUCCGGCAGUGGAAUUAACCCAAAUAUGGCGGCGGCAUCUGUCAGCAAGAAGUGAAACUUUGGCUCAAGAGAGUGAUUAUAUCUUGUCAAACGCCCUCUUUUCUGCUCGUUGUCGUCGCUCUGACAUUCCUGUUUGCCGUAUCGUUAGCGUCCUUUCGUGUGCUUUCCGAGGAGCUCCUUCUUUCGAGGGUUUUUAUCUUUUAAUGUUUUCGCUAGCUAGCUCACUGGAGAACAGGAGCUCCAGUCUAAGUUAGCUUACGGUGCGGCGGCGAAAGUGCCUUUCAGUCCCGUGUUUACCCUGUUUAGGUGAUCAGGCCUCUCAGAUUCAUCACGCUUUUGGCUCGUUUAUCAGGUCCGAGACAGUUAAAGGCGUGUGGUGGUUAUUUCCAACCGAGGACGGCGCUUCUGUGCUUAUUUUUGUACGUCCCUGGCCUCCAAUUAAGUUGGAUGUUUUUCGAUGUGCUGCCGACCUCAAGACAUUUGAUUUGCUAGCACCGUCUGUCCUGGCAAAUCAAUGGAGAAGCUUCAGGAUCUCAGCCAAUCCGAGUUACAGGAUUUGCUCGAUAACUCGGAGCGGGUGGAGUCGAUGGCACUGGAGUCUGAUGAGAUCCAGAACAUUCAGCUGGAAAGGGAAAUGGCUCUGGCUUCCAACCGCAGCCUGGCAGAGCAGAACCUUGACAUGAAACCCCGGCUAGAGCGAGAGAGAGAACGCCUGGUGGAGAAAUACGCUGAGCUGGAGGAAGUGAGGGAGCGAUACAAACAGCAUUGCGCCCUCAGAGAUGGCAUUAUGGGACAGGUGUCCCCUGAGGGAUUAUUCUCUCGUCUGCAGGCAGAGGGCGCCAGCACAGAGGCAGAGUCUGAGGCUCUAGCUGAUGAGUUUCUGGAAGGUUCCUUGUCACUUGACUCCUUCCUUGAGCGCUUCCACUCUCUCCGCUCUCUUGCUCACAAAAGACGAGUGUGCGUCGAGAAGCUGCAGGAGAUCCUCCGCCAGAAGAGCCAAGGAGUUGGAGACUCUGGCAUGACAUCACAAUCUUGCUCCAAUCCGGACGCUGGAUCACUAUCACCGUGGCAACAGCAGCAACCCCAGCAACAGCCGCAACAGAAACCCAGUGUGUCCACCAACCCCUCCAACUCUGCCCUGCCUUACUCCCCAUACCCUGUUUCUCCUCCCAACCAGCCCUCCUCGGCCUCUGCAGCGGGCCCCUCCAACCCUUCUGCUGCAUUUCAGCCGUACCCCAACCAGGUCACAGCCUUUACCCCAUCCACCGGCUACCCUGCUCCUCGGCCUGGCUUUGGCCCCUCCACAUGCCCAUACCCCACUCAACCCGCAUUUCCUGCUGCCCAGGGUCCACCAUUUGGGCAGUAUGGCCCUGCUAAUGCUCAAUACCCCAAUCCAUACCCUUAUGGGGGUUAUAGUUACCCCAUGGGCCCCCAUAUGGCCCCUUCCCAAUCACCUACAGGUAGGCCGCUUUAUAGGCCUGGGUUUGGGGUACCGCAGCCAUACUCCUGAACCCUAGUGUGUCUCUCUCUCUCUGUGUGUCUCUCUCUGUGUCUCUCUCUCUCUCUGUGUCUCUCUCUCUCUGUUUCUCUCUCUCUCUUUCUCUCUCUCUCUCUCUCUCUCUCUCUCAAACCCUCAGCUGUCUUGUCUUUUUCCUCCCUCUACCUCCUCUUCCUCCUCCUGACACCAAGAUUUGUGGUUUGCGUACCCCUGACACAUUCUCUUCCUGUUGAAGGCUUACACAGAACACUUGACUUUGGUUCACCAUGUCCCUGUUCCCCCCAUCGACACUCAAUGAAAGACUGGCACCAAAACCUGUCAGAGACCAAAACGGACGUCACACUUGACUCUGGACUUAGUUCAGCUCAGUUCCUGGCUAUUCUAGCAUGUUUUCUGAGAUCGCAAGUCAUUGAUAAUGUGUUGGUUGUAUUUGACGUUAUCUUUUAAUUUCAUUCAACAGAAUCGUGUUGCUGUUUGGCCUUGUUUGACUAUGGUUCAUAAGUCAUGUUGUCUUCUUUUUUUUUUGUUUGUUUAACUGCUAAAGAAAAAUGUGUCACACUACGUGCGAGUGCAUCUCUGAGAAUCAGGCUACUCCUACGUUUGUGUAGCCACUUAUCUGUGGCAUCCUUUUUUAUAUUGUAGCAUUACACCUCUACCAUUUACUGAAGGCACAGACUGCUUCACCACGUUUUUCACUGCGUUUUUAGGGCAUCUUCAUUUGGAUGGGUUUGACCCUGGACCAUAUUGUCCGUAACUUGUCUCAGAGUGCAAUCAGUUCUGUUGUGAAUGCAAGAGUGCAAACGCUUUGUCCCCCCCCCUUCUUUGUCUGAAUUGACUCCUCGUUCCUCCCUUCCCCCUCACACUUUCUUAACCUUUUAUCCUGUUUCUUACUCUUUCCUUCCUUUUUUUGUUCUGUUCACACCUCCUUGCUCCAUGUAUAGCUUAUUGACUGAGAACAAUGACAAUUAACAGAAGGAACAGUUAUUUCCAAGUUCUCUAGUGGAGACUGUGUGAUUUGUAUAAACAGAUACUAAUAAUAAUGACAAAUAAGAAAAACAAGGGAUAUUAAUAUAGACAUAUCUUUAUCUGCUAUAGCACAGUUUGUGGCGUGGCGUUCGAGGCAAGGGAAACAAAACACAGCACAGCGCAUAUGCAAGGGAAUUUGGGCUGCAUAACAUCCGUAUGAGUGUUCAUACAGCAUUCAGUACCCAUUUAGACACUGAAAAUGUUUUAGCGGUCAGCUUUAUGCAGACCAUUAACAUGGAUAUUAGCUGUAGGAAGUUGGCAUGAAAGAAGGCAUUUUUUAAUGCCCAUUAGAAAGGACUUUUGUGAGUGUAUUUAUGCCCUUAGUUUGCCUGAUAUGAGGGUAGAUGAAAGCUUGAUGCGUCCUCUACGAAGGUGUUAUGUAGUCCCAUACAACAGCCCCACCUUUUGGAGUGUUUACCUGCUAUGUGUUGACUCAUAGGAUGACCAUUUUGAAUCACAUUUGCACUCCACAAUAACAGCUUCUGUCCCUACGGCAGAAGGGCCUGGCGGCGGAGCCUGAGAACCGUCAGCUUUAGAUCAGAUGCUCGGGGUCAGUUUUUUUUUCCUCCUUAGUUUUAUUUUAUUAUCAGUCAUUAUUGUUUUUAACUUAAAAGCAAUCCAAAAACCAGAGGCGUCCCCAAUCAAGCCUCAGGUGGCUUUAAUGAAUUAAUGAACUCAGUAAUUAAGACUCAGGUUUGGAGCAAAAACCCCGUCGUCUACGGCCCGUCCUCAGGACCCGAAGCGAGGGAGAAAGCUGACAUGAAAUAAAGGAGGGGAAAUGGGAUGAUACUUUAGUCGCACACUGUGAUGUGCAGCAUUAGAGGAAAGACAUUCUGUUGGGUUGGUGGUGAUGACUGUAGCCUGUUAAAAGUGUAUUAUUUUUAUUUUUAUUGCUUUUCUUUUUUUGGUGUGAAUAUUAAACACUGAAGUUGAUCUAUGAAAA